AUGACACAAGUCCACAGUCUGGCAGAAUCCACAGAGUCCUUGGCUCUGAUCGGCAGACAUGGACAAGUACGACGGUGAACCGAGUCCCAGAGAGCGAGAACGGCUGAAGAUCCGCCGGGACAGCGACUCCAAGGCGGCACAACUGGCCAAGAUGGAGAAGUUGAUGCAGCAGACCAAAGACCUGAUGGACAAAAGGACAGAGUCCGGGUCGGAGAAGGUCCAAGAGAACCUGGUGGAGGACCUGGAGGAGAAGGUGCGCUCCAGCCGGCGUCACAGGAGGAACUCUCUGCACCAGACUCAGAUGCUGGAGAGCCAGAUGAAGACGGUGAAGGGGGAGCUGGUGGGGACCCUGGACCACCUCCAGGAGCUGCGCAACGUCCUGCAGCGCUCGCAGCAGAAGGCGGAGGAGCGCAAGGCGGCCAUGGAGAAACUGGCGGCCGGCCUCAGGUGAACACCAGAGAAACUGGCGGCCGGCCUCAGGUGAACACCAGAGAAACUGGCGGCCGGCCUCAGGUGAACACCAGAGAAACUGGCGGCCGGCCUCAGGUGAACACCAGAGAAACUGGCGGCCGGCCUCAGGUGAACACCAGAGAAACUGGCGGCCGACCUCAGGUGAACACCAGAGAAACUGGCGGCCGGCCUCAGGUGAACACCAGAAGCUUCUGGGACAAACUCACUGACCAAAGACUUUUGCCACAAACCUUCUUUUGGAGAAAUAAAUGCAACAAGACAUUUUGCUCUCCUUUCAUAAUUCUUCCAUGCUGAUCAUUAGUCCAAU